GUGCACUUAAGCCGAAACCCCGCAAGUUAAUCCAAUAAAAUGUUUCCUAGCAUUUUGGUCGAGGGCUGUCAGUGUCAUGAACUACCUUCUCGAAUGCUACCUCGACCAGUUUACGAACUCGCCCAGAACGAGCCUCCAUGACAGGCGAAAGCGCCAAAUGAUGGUCACUUAUAUCAGUACCCUUAUUGAAGGCUAUGCCAGAGGUACCGGCACCGAACCCGAAUCGGCCGUCCGUGAAAGCAUUAUGGCCAUCGUGAGGUACCAUGAAGGGAACCGGGCGGCCAAUGGUUCCGUCUGUAUGAUGGGUCGGUACCAUAACAUUUUGUACGUCGCUGUUAAAGUCUGCUACGACUGGCAGUUGAAAGAUACAGGGACGGUUUUAGCCCUGUUGGAGAGCAUCUACGCUUGUGAGAAAACCUACGAAAGGAUUUUCAUUGGGGCCAUUUUUGGUAACAGGGCCCCUUAUUAUAUUGCGGGCUGGAAGAGCGAUUUCGAUAGUCAGGAAGAAAAUCUAAGGGCUGUUGUGUAUUUUAUCGACCAUGCGACCACAGGAGGACUGGAAUUAGACUCUACGAGGUUUAUAGACGUCCCAUUGGAAAGUUGCGGGAGUGAUAACCCGACCCCGGCUAAAAUAGCCCUUCAAUUGGGGCUCCCUGACAAGCUCCAUAUUUUCCUAAGAUAUGGGGCGAAGACCGAGGAUUGUUUGGUCGUCUUUAUCAUGAAAAAACUAAUGGAGUUUUGCCACGUCUACCCUUACAAUAUUGUAGCCUGCCUCCAACUUCUUCUCAGAGUGGUACCAAAAAUCAAUUUAGAAACCAAAAAAAUUUUUGAGGAUUAUCCGGAUUUGGUGGAAGACGGUUUAAUUCCCUUGACGCGCUGUGGCGUCCAAGUCCCGGAACUGAAACACUUGACCCGCUGCACUAUCCGGAACCAACUCUGGCUGAACUGCCAGCUCCCGUCCGGAAUCCGGACUCUCUCAGUGCCCGACUCCCUGAAACGCUAUUUGGACCUAAUGGAGGAUUGACUCACUUGUACGCCUCUUCCGAAACGUUGAUCCUUCCAGGUUCGCCGGUUGUUUCCGUGCGACUUGUCAAGUUGACCGUGUUGCCAAAAAGGCAAUAUCGGGGCAUGCGGUGGCCUAUGACCCCUGUCACAACCUCACCAGAAUGUAUCCCAAUUGUGAUUUUCUGAAUAAUAAAUUUUUAAAAGCU